UUGAAUGGAGUUUAUCUUUGACUGAGGGCAAUCAUCUAGCAUACUUAUGAUAAAAUAACUUCAUGAUUUCUUCAACUAUUGGUGUGAUCCGGCUUUAUAGUGGUGGAAAUGUUUACGACUUCUAGUAAAAUGAAAUCGAAUCUGGUAGUACAAGAAACGAACACCGAAACUUUAAACAUCUAAUUAAUUUAAGCAUCGCCUCUAGAGUAUUGAGUGCAUCAUCAUUGAACUGACUUCGCAAAAAGUAGAGGUUUUCCAUAUUUUCUUCGGAUAUUGAUGACUUUCGGCUCGCAUUACUUGCUCGAUUUAAAUUCUUUCUUCGAUUCGAGGUAAAACACGUGACAUACCCGUGGACAUCUUACUCUCUCUCUCUCUCCCCCUCUCCCUCACUUCAGCCCUAGAUUGAAUGACUGAUCAGCUAUUAGACUUGAUAAAGUACAAUGACACCAACGUUCUUCCUCCUCGACAGGGGAACUCUAUCAUCUAUGGUUGGACUCCAAUACGACUUCCAAACCAGGCUUUUUCACCACCUCAUUGCCAUCAAAACGAAUCAUCUAACGCCAAUGAUCGUUUAGUGCGACCUACAGAUGCGAAGGGGUUAAAGCCCACCAUACUCGGAACGUGAAUCGCAUCAUAGGGGUAAUAGAGGUUUCAGAAGGGUGCAACUAUAGGGUGCGGUUUUACCCCAUUGUGGUUGCAUUUGGAGUGGUGAAAGAUGUUCAAUAAUUCAUGGCUAAAUAUUUUAAUUAUCUGAAGGUCAUUAUACCUUGAUACAUUAACCUUUUAGGGGCAAACGGACGGAUAAUCAUUUGGAAGUAUACACUCACGAAGUCUACUGUCAAGAGUUUAUACCACUAUCACCAUCCCCACCAAACUGACCCUAACUGCUCUUGAAUUAAGUCACGCCUUUGGACAUUUUGAAUUACCUAUUGAGAGACAACACUUUAACUGAUGUAGCUGCACUUAAUAUAUAUGAUACGAACGUCAUUUUCUUAGGGUCACGUUACUAUAAGUUGAUCCAUAGGUGGAGAGUUAGUAAUAUGUAUUUCUCUUUUCAUUUUGUUUCCAGUCUGUAUAAUACGAUAAAACAAAAGAUCGAAAGUAAAAUUUCAGCUUGCGGUUAACUACUUAUGAAAUCAGAUCGUGUUCAUGUGCAUGACGUCACUCAUCACCUGACAUUCCAUCGUAAUUUCAUGAGAUGUCACAUGACAGCGAAUCAAUUAUUCCUUUACCUCUAACGGGUUGUGAUACAUUCCUAGGACGAGCCAAACCCUUCGCCACUCCGGAUAUAUCGUUUCAGCGGGUCAGCGGAAAUAAAACCGCUUAGCGAUGAUUGGUAGAAAAUGAUUUGAGGCCUGGUAGACUACUAUUGUUUUAGAUAUUAUAUUUUUAUGAUUUAACAGAUCCAGUACGUAUCACACCUUAUCAACCGCCGUCUCUAUCAGUAUCACUCUCCACGUUGGUAAACUUAAGCUUGGAAUCAAAACCGCUGUCAAUUUGUAUCGAGGAAUAUGGACACAUAAAUCAUUGUGAUGCCACGAAUGUUCUCUGAUGACAUCACGUCUAAAAACCUUCACAUUGAAUCUGGACCAGCCUUAAAUGUGAUUUAUUUUUAGCAAGUUGGAACAUUUUGAUGCCUAUGAUUGAUUGAUGAGCAGGGUGAGGAUUGUAAAAAAGUGAUUUUUUGUGGAGAAAAUGAGAGUAUAAAAGGCAGAGGAAUCACAUUUGAUUGUAGGAUAAUUCAACAGUGACGCCAAACGCUUGGUUACACCCAACUGUGUUUUUCCUUCGUUAUUUUAACCUCGAAUUUAUCGGAGCGAGCUACUUUAUCCGGAUGGAAAUGUUUUGCAUUUUGAUAGUUUCGAAUUAAUGUUAUAUUAUUGCAAAAGAGCUGGUUUGUUACAUGGACGUCUCGAUGAAUUAAAACAGACAUUUUAAGACGAGAGCUGAUAACAAUGAGAAGAUUAACGACUGAACAUUUUGACUUUUCAAAACAUAUUUGAUAUCUUUGCGAGUUUUCAUAAUCCCUUUGGGGAAAUUUUUUUCAUCGCUUGUGCUGAGGUUUAUUUUUGGUGCUUAACAUAACCUUGACUUCAGCAUUCCUUUGUAUGAAACAAAGCCUUUGUCUUCAUUGUGAGUAAAAAUGUUUUAAAACAAUAGACAUCAUUCGCCAAUAACGUUUUCUCGUGUGGAUCACAGACAAGCUAAAACAUCAUCGUCAUAAGAAUCAGCAAACUUUGUAGGAGUUCAGUCGCAAGCGAAGAACACCAUGGAGAAGUGCAAGUUAAGGAUUCGUUACGAUGUGUCUUUGAGGACCAUGUCUUCUCCCUGCACUUUAUGCAUUUCAAACAUCAUGAGAAACUCGGUCUUCCUUUUGACUUUGAUCACUGUUUUAUCAGCAAUGAGCAUGAACGGAAGGCCUGAGUGUCAACUGGUUCAGCUUCCGAUGUGUGCUUCGAUGCCUUACAACCUAACCAGAAUGCCCAACCUUCUACAUCAUAGCACGCAAGAGAAUGCCAAGCUGGCUAUCGAACAGUUCUUGCCGCUUGUCAACACCAACUGCAGUGGUAACCUGACUUUCUUCCUAUGCGCGAUGUACGCGCCCAUUUGCACAAUGGGUUUCAUGGAGGAACCUGUGCCUCCUUGUAAGAGCAUCUGUCAGAAUGUGAGGGCGGGCUGUGAGCCUAUAAUGGUAGAGCACAAUGUGUCUUGGCCUGAAUAUCUGUCUUGUGAUCAGCUACCUGAGUAUACUUCCGGUGUGUGUAUCACCAGAGAUGCCAUCGUUGACUCGGGGCCAACCAUGGACCAGUUUCAACCCACUCCUGCAGUUCCUCAGGUGCCACCAGGUAAUUGUGACGUAUGCCAGUACGAUUAUGAGCUAUCACGUGAUCUGUUUUUCGAGAAGGAAUAUGAAUUUGUGAUUCGUGCAAGGGUCGAGGGUUUCUUUUCCGGUACUCGAAGGGGUGAAAUGUACAUCCGGGUUAUUAUACAUCACGUGGUACAGUUCAGUGAGAUUCACAUACCAGUUGGAGAGGUCCAAUUGUGGGUCAACAACUACUGCGCAUGUCCGAUGCUAACGCCCGGUGAAGAAUACAUGAUCAUGUGUUAUCAAGAUAUAAUCAACGGUAGAUUGUUACUCGAAAAUGACUGCUUGGCGAUUCCAUGGCAGAACAGAUACAGCAAGAGGGUUAAGAAAUGGGGCCAGAAGCUUCUGUACGAUCAGCGAUAUCGAGAUUCAAGUGAUUCCAGGAGUAAUAGAAGAAACAGGGAUCUCUAUUACCUAUAUGGAUAGGUCAGAGGUCAUGACCUUUUUAUCAGAGGUCAAUGAACUUCUCCG